AUGUCAGUCGGGCAGGGCGCGACUGCCGCUCGACAGGCAUCUGACGGCGACAGGCGGGCGCUCCGCCUCCCGCCCGUGAGCCGACCAAUCGCCGUUGGCGGAAACGGCAGCCGCGCCACGCCUCUCGAGAUGCUAGCGCACAGUCCGCUUAAUGAGCUGCGAUUUGUUAAGUGUGCGCCUAUGACGUCAUCAGAGUUCGCUGGUGGGCCUGCGCAAGGGCUAAACGGCCUAGGAGUUUUCUACUAUGAUUCUCAAACACAUCAAUCAACACCGUCUGCCUAUUUCCCUACACAAACCACUGCCGUCGCUCCAACGGCUAGCUUUACGAGCCAGUCAGGGCAAGAUCCGUCGGCAGGGCGUCGACUGCCGCUCUGCAGGCAUCUGAGGCGACAAGGCGGACUUCCGCCUCCGCUCGUGAGCCGACCAAUCGCCGUUGGCGGAAACGGCAGCCGCGCCACGCCUCUCGAGAUGCUAGCGCACAGUCCGCUUAAUGAGCUGCGAUUUGUUAAGUGUGCGCCUAUGACGUCAUCAGAGUUCGCUGGUGGCCUGCCGCCAAGGGAAACGCCCUAG